GAGCCGGAGCCUGUUGGUCCGUCCGGAAGUCCUCAGAGAGUGACGGAGACCUCUUCUCUCAGAGCCUGUCCACUCCGACGCGCCGCCAUGACGCACGUCGCUCCUCUCCUCUGCGCCCUUCUGCUGUCCUCAUUCCUGAUCCGGGCCGCCGCGGAGACCUCCAUCCUCUGCCUCUGGACCCAAGUUCUGCUGAAUGCUGACGUGCACCGCAGUUUCCUCCGGAGAGACCCCGGGCAGGCCACUCCAUCCCUGCGCCUCUACCACGGCGCCUGGUCCGGGGAGCGCGCUCUGCUCAGCUGCGCCUGGAGCGACGACGCGGCGGUGAUCCACAACUAUUUAUCAGCGUGCCAGGAGCGCGCGCACGAGUUUUCCGGACUUCCGGUGGCAAAUAUCGACGCGGAGUCCAUGUUGGAGGCGGAUGAGCAGUGCGUCUCCUUGGACCCUCCGGUGGUCGGCGUGCGCCGAGAGCGCGCGGGGAGGUCGGUGAGGAGCAUCCGGGGACACACGGCGGCUCAUAACGAUCAAGGUGAAGCUGAGAGGUCAGAGGUCAGCAGCCAUCAGCGCGUAAAGCGCGGGUUCAUUGUGCCGGGGACUCUGUGGUGCGGUUCUGGCAACAAGGCGCCAUCAUAUGCAGAUUUGGGAGUCUUUUCAGAUACCGACAGCUGCUGCCGUGAACACGACCAGUGCCAACACACCAUCCUGUCCUUCCACUCCCAGUUCGGCGUCUUCAACAGCAACAUCUUCACCAUGUCCCACUGCGACUGCGACAGCAGGUUCCACAGCUGUCUGAUGGAGGCGGGCGACAGCAUAGCUGAUGUGGUGGGCUACACCUUCUUCAGCCUGCUGAAGAUGCACUGCUUUGAGUUCACCCACCGACUCCAGUGCACCGAGAGGAACUGGUUCGGCAUGUGUAAAGAGAGUGAAAUGGCUCUCUACGCUGUGGUGCAGCCCCCCGAGCCGUACGACUCCCCCCACCCCACAGAGCUCAGCGUCAACGGCUCCUCCACAAACACCACCGCACCCGCAGGGACGCCACCGCGGCCCACACCCUCGACGGGCUCCAGCCCAGCCCCCGUCACCCCCGUCACCCCCGUCACCAGCGCCAUCAGCCUCACCAACAUUACCACCGUCACCCCCAUCACCAACAUUACCAGCCUUACCAACGCCCCCCCCAUCACCCCCAUCACCCCCAUCACACCCGUCACCACCGUCUCCCCCUUCACCAACAUUACCACCGUCACCCCCGUCACCCCCGUCACCAGCGCCACCAGCGCCACCAGCCUCACCAACAUUACCACUGUCACCCCCGUCACCAACAUUACCACCGUCACCCCCGUCACCAACAUUACCAGCCUUACCAACGCCCCCCCCAUCACCCCCAUCACCCCCAUCACACCCGUCACCCCCAUCACCCCCGUCACCAACAUUACCACCGUCACCCCCGUCACCAGCCUCACCAACAUUACCACCGUCACCCCCGUCACCAACAUUACCAGCCUUCCCAACGUCCCCCCCAUCACCCCCAUCACCCCCAUCACCCCUGUCACCACCGUCUCCCCCUUCACCAACAUCACCAGCUCUGGCGCAUCCACGUCACACAGACUCAAGGCGCCUGAGAGAGAAAACGGGCUCAGGAACACUUUACCUGCCAGAAAACAAGCUCCGUCCGAGCUGAAUUUCACAGAGAAGCAGCCGUCAUGCACCGUCUACAAGGACCUCGAUGAGUGCAGCAACAAGAUCCCCCCCCAGCAGGAGGAACAUGGCCUCUACAACGCGGAGGCCAGGACGUUGUACCAAUGCGACUGUACCAGCAGAUUGUUCCAGGCGCUGGCUGGGCAGAGAGGACUCAGCGAAGUGCAGGCCUUGCUGCUGGGACGCGUCUCUCUGGCCUGCUUCCUGCUACCAGACUGCUCAGAAGACGAGAUAUGCUCAGCGGUUCUGGUGAGAGCAGAUCUUCCCGAGGAGGCCUGGAGGAGGAGCGGUUCGGACACGGAGGAGCGGCGCCAUCUGCAGGCCGUCCGGCUGAGGGCCGGGAGGCCCGACCGGAGGAGGGCGAAGAGGAGAGGAGGCGGCGUGGGGCUCCACAGGCUGUGCCACAGGCUGGUCCGGGCCGGACUCAGAGGGUGAAGAUCACGGAGGGUCCAAGCGGUCAAAUCUGUCAAUGAGAUUUACACUGAUUGACCCCAUUUCAGGUCUUUUUUCAUUUAAUUGCAGCUCCCCACAAAAGUGUUUUAAUUCGUCCUUACAACAUCGUCUCUGCUGUCAUUCAAUGGAAACAGGGCAAAAAUAAAGGGUUAUUAGUAGUAUGACUUUAAUAUUAGAUCACGUGGCUUACUGGAACCACCUCCCAGAGUACAACUGAGACCCCCUAAAAGGGAACAGUUGCAUCUGUGCUUUCUUGUUAGCCUGUUGAAAAUAUCUCAACAAACACUGCAUUAAUCACCGUGAGAUUUAUUACUGAUAUUCAUGGUCCCCAGUGGAUGAAUCCUUCUGAUCAUCCAGUAACUUUUCCUCCUGUGGAAGAUAUGUCAAUAACGGUCGGACCAACGACAUUACCAUCGGUUUUACUUUGUAUUCAGUGUGAGUUAACACGCUAAACCCAAAUAGUUAGCAUGGUAAACACCACCCACUGAACAUUAGCAUGUUAGCUUUGCCAUUGUCAGCAUGUUAACAUUAGCAUUUAAGCUAAAUACGACUGGACGUCAAAAUGUCUCCCAUAAAACAGUCCUUCACCUUUUGCCUGAUAUAACUAACUCCAUCAGUAGUCUCCACUCUUUAAAGCUAGAUUUGUGAAUAUUUGUGGCCUACUGUGUUCUAUGACUUGUAGAUAAAUGCAAACUAUGUUUUUAGCCAAGCUAAUUAGGAAUAACAAUUAUUAUUAACAUUAUCUUUAAUUUAGACACUUAGUGAAAUAUGUAGUUUAUGAUGUGAGAAUAAACUGUAUAUAGUUGGAUAUUUUGGGAUUUUGCAAUCCGGCUGAGAGUAAGGUCUGUAUGCUAAAUAUUAGCUACAGCAGGUUAGCUUAGCUCAGCACAAUGUCAUUUAAUAAGGAAACUGCUAGCCUGGCUAAAUGUUAAAUUAUUGUUUUUUGUCAUAUUAUAUAUGAUGUUUGAGCAGAAAUAUGAAGCUCCCCAGUUAGCCUAGCUUAGCAUAAAGUCUAGGAGGGGGCAACAUUUUUUAUUUUUACAAUUGGGUUUUUAUAAGGAUUAAAUGUGAUGUUGGCACUGUAAAUGAAGCUAGCUGGUUAGCCUUGUUUAACAUAAGGUCGCAAUAGAAACAGCUAAGAUUAAAAAGUCUCCCCAAAUUUGUCUCCCAAAAUGAACUAAAAAAGUUUUGAAAACUGUAUUUUUCCUUCCUGUGCUUUAGACAGGUGUUUCAUUAUUUAUUGUGUUGGUGUUGAGGAUGAUAUUUGACAAAAUAAAACUUACACAUUGUACAUUUAAAUUGUGGCGUUAAACUAAACAUGUCAUAUUUUCCUGCACUGUUAUUUGUCUUGUUGUCCAUCGUCUCAUAGUCUUAUUGUCCAAUACUUUGCACCAAUAAAUAUUCCUGAUUCCUGAUACUGAUUUAAAAAAGAAA